CGCAUCAUCGCGCACGUAAACAUCCAAUUUUCAUCUGGGAAAUCGCGACAAACAUGUCCAAAUUUUCGAUUUUCCCACAAUUCACACUCCUCACCUGCUACCUUACUAAACGAAUUUCCCAGAAACAUCGAAAAUGCUGAUCAAUCAGCGCUUGUCACGCCUUCAUGUUUCGAUAAAAUUUAAAACAAUUUCUACGGUUUAUAAACAAAUUUGCAAUAAGUUAAACAAAUAAGGGGACAUGGAAGCGUGUUGCGUGUUUUUCGCGUGCACCAGUUUCGUUUUAGGCCUGUUUUUGAUGUUCGAGUUCCACUAUUUCGUGAGGUCGUUGUUUUGUGUGCUAGGGGCGAGGAUUUGUAAGAAGAAGGUGCAUAUUUUGGAUGAAACUCAAAUCAGCGGAUUAUGUCUCACUACUGACAUAGAUUAUCUUCUGGAUCAUAUGAAUAAUGCCAGAUUCAUCAGAGAGCUGGAUUUCGCAAAAAUGGAUUUUAACUUCAGAACUGGAUUGUACCAUCUGGUAAAAAGCCGCGGGGGACAGUUGUUUCUAGGCGGGACCACAAUACGAUAUAGAAGAUUUAUUAAAUUGUUUAGCCGUUACUAUAUAACCACAAGGCUUAUUUAUUGGGACGACCAAAACGUGUACAUGGAGCACCGAUUCAUCACGCCAAGGGAUCGAUUUAUAAACGCAAUCGUCUUGUGCAGAGUCCGAGUGGUCAACUGCAACGCGGAAGACGUUAUGGCUGAGUUGCUCAGUACUUCUGGUGAUGUUGAGGCUGUGAAGAAACAGAAACCGGAGGCUCCCAUCGAGCUAGCCAAGUGGAUCGAGAGCAACGAUAUAUCCAGCGCUUCCCUUAGAGCUAGCUCUGCGGCUCCUAUUUGAGUUUAGGUUAAUUCGAAGUCGUAUUGGCAUACUGAUUCGUAGUUUGACAAGAAAUCUACGGUACAUGCUUCACCUUUCUCACGUCUGAAACGACAUUGCCAAGUCACAUGCUCUGCUUAGGGUGAUCUGAUACUACAAGCAAUGGAGAAAUGCAGCUAUUCUGUGACGAAAAUAUUUACUGGAAGCAACUUCUGCAGUUCUGUAAUAAGUAAAAGGUGUCUCAAUAAGUGUGCCGGAUUUGAUUUUCAAGAAGAAUACAAUAGUUGCGAUUAAACAUGAGAUGGGAAAUCCGGUAAACGGCCACUGCGAAACCUCUGGCACGGGAUGAGACUUUUCUUUAAAUUCUGGAUAACGUUUUCGCACAACUGUGGCUCUAUUUCAUCGAUAACGCGCCGUUCUCUUCUUUAAGGCGUUCAGCUGUUUGUGGCUUGUUCGCAUACACCUUUUCCUUCACAUAGGCCCAGUAGAAGAAGUCCAUUGGCGUUAGAUCGCACGAUCUUGGUGGUUAAUUUUGAGCGUCAAACCGAGAGAUGACACGGUCUGGAAACUUCGAUUCGAUAAAACUGGGGACACAAAAGCUCUGUUAGCAUUUCGCGAUACCGCACACCAUUAACAGUUACCGCAGUUCCAGCUGCAUUUUCGGAGAAAUACGGUCCAGUCCACAAUGGGCACCAAACGGUCACUCGCGGUGGAUGCUUUGGUUGUUCGAUUAGUACACGAAAGUUUUCAGAACUCCAAUUUAGACAGUUCUGCGUAUUGACGUACCCAUUCAAUUGAAAAUGGGCCUCCUCAGACAAAAUGAUUUUCUCUUAGAAAUCCGCAUCAACUUGGUGGUGCUCCAGCGCAACGACUUCACGGCGCUGGGCAUGGUCCGUUGGCUCGAGUUCUUGCGUCAGUUGAACCUUUUAUGCAUGCAAGCACAGAUCUUUCGUCAAAAGUCGUUGCAGAGUAGGUCUGGUAAGGUUCAAUUCUUGGCCACGAUGUCGAAUGUAAGUGCCUGGAAUCUCGACCACACUUUCCUGCACUGUGACUAUAUUUUCGUGGGACCAAUCAGGACGACGACGAACAGUGUUCUUCACAUUGUUUGUCUCAAAUUUUGUAAUUGCGAACUGUCGACUCAUUUGGCGCAUUAUUGCGACCGAAAAUUGCACGUAACUUGCGAACUGUUUCAACGUUAUUUUCUCCAUUUUUGUAUUUAAACGUUGCUCGUUUGAAUACAGCUCCAUGUCAUCUAAUCGCGUGAUCUGGACAUGACAGCUGUCAUCAAGUAAACACCAUACUAUUUGUACAAAAAAAAAUUGCGGCAAAUUCAAAUCCGGCGCUCUUGUUGGGACACUUUUUGUAUGGAUCAAAACUAAAAUUCCAUGACCGGGCUUGGUCGAUCAUAUAUGAGAUUGAGCUCGAUGUUCCGUAGGAAAUACCUAAGGAGGUAUGAAGAUUCGCGCAAAUCGUAUGUCAAACGUUUUGGCAACUUUCCCAUUUUCUCGCUACUUCUGUCAUUAUGCCCCUUACUCAACUAUUUCAACGUACUCGUACAAUUGUCCAAGGAAGUAAAAAAUGACGGCGAUAUAAUAAUUCGUUCGGCAGAUAUUUCAGUCAAAAUUGGUAUUUUCGAAUUUUUCACUAGUUUAUGGGACUGGCAAUUCAAAUGCCUUCCGAAACAAAACAUGCACAAAAUAAUUAUUUUUUUAUAUUUGGCCUAUGUGAAACGAAUUUUGUACUCGGGCCUUCAAACUGGUCAGAUAUGCCUUUGGAUCCAAUUUACGAUAUUUUGAACCAAAAUUAGCCAAUUUUCAUGAUGCUAAAGAGCGGGUCAUGAGUCAUAUCGGGCUUGAUCUUUUUUCUGCAAAGAUUCUAUUGAGCCAUGGCCCUUUGUAAGAUCUCAAAUUCCUUGGUUUAACUAUUCGCUCUGGGGACGCGCUCAAAGUUUCAAGGUUCGGAAAAAUGUGAAUUUUAGCUUUCUUGGCAAUAUUUCCAUUUGUUCGCUACACCUGUCACUGGAAAGUAUUGAGCCCCGCCAAUAAAUUUAGAAAGAGCCAGUCACGGAUCUGUUUUAUACUAAUUAUCAUAGUCUGUAGUAGGAUCAAGGUGCAUGCUACAAAUGCACCUGACAUAAGCUAAUUUUUCUACAGGUCUGUCAUAAAAUUCAUAUUAUUUCUGUUAUUUUUCGCGAGAGUUUACAGAUAAUUGUAUCGUAUUAGAUGAUUACAAGACAUGGUCCUUCUUUGAUAAUUUGCAAAAAGCGACACAAGUCCGAUGAAGGGAUGUUUGCACCGGUAAUUUGACAAGCAUUGGUAGUCAAAUGAAUCAAAAGUAUGCACUGAGGCUACGCAAUUUUGGCGACAAACAGUGCAAUAUAGUCUUGAAUUCCAGAAUAAAAUUAUCUGAGGAAUUCAAAAAUUUUGAGCCCAAUCUGAGAUAUGACCCACCAAGUCAGAUCGAGAAAUCUUAGUUUUGGCCAAAUUUAGGCACAUAAUAUAUUUGUCACUCGAAGAUACUUACUGCCAGACUACGUUAUCGUUUAUAAUCAUCUGUGAUUUCAAUUAUUAGCUAGUUUAAGAGAGGCAAUAUGCAUCCGCGCAUUGCCUUUAUGGUAAUAGUACAUAUGGCUUCCCGUGCAUAUUUGUGCCAUGAAAGAGGCUUCCUCUAAUGGUCUACAAUCUCGGCCCACCCGAUGUCGCAAGGUGUAUUUCUGGCUCAAUGUCAGAUUGAUUAAUGAGGUGUUUCGACUAGAUCGGCUUCAAAAGCUUUAGGUCUAAAAUAAUACUUUUUUUUUUUUGUGCCUUUGCAAAAUUCAUUCGACUAUAGGAUAGUCAUCUAGAAAACUGUAAAAUUCUUAAGAUUAUAAUAAUUCUAAUUCUAAUUUACUAAAAAUGUUUAUUAUUCAAUUAUCAAAGCAUAUGGAAAGUCUUCAAUGUACAGGGUAACAGAUUUAUUAUAGCAUGAAAAUAUUCUAGUAAGAGCUGUCUAAAGAUGUCCAACGCGACGAGCUUCUGGAUUGGUGUUCACUAUUUCUUCUGAGGUAACCUUUCCAAUUAGUCAACCUUUCUAACGUUUGGACGAUCCAGUGGUGCAUCUGACAGCAAAGUGAAAACUCAUGCCAAACUGACAAAGUAAUCCCAUGGCUAGUACUAUUCAGCAUAUCAGCCUUUCUGGACGGGAAUUCUUAAUACUUUACGUCUGACUGUCCUAUGGUGUGUAUAGAAAAACAAUGUUCUUCGUCAAAAAAUCUUUUUUUUUGUGAAUUUAUAUUCAUUUUCUCUUCAAUUUCAAGUUAACAGAUAAUAGUACGGUACUAAAAUUGCAUGUGAAUAUUCCACUGUAAUGGAAGAAUUACUGUUUUUUUACUUUCUACCUUCAAAAAAUGUUUGCUUUUCUUGAAACCUCAUUCUACAGCAAAUUGAGUAUGGAAAAAAUGGUAAAAUUGGAAGUAAUCAUCUGUACAAUUUUAAUAUAAAAGUGGAAUUAUGAUGUACAUCUUCAGAACUGUAUUAGCAUUUGUUGCGAUUGAAGAAAAAAUGCACAAUGAAAUGCACAGAAGUGAAUUUUUGUCUAAAAAAUUGAAAAUACUACUUUAAACAGACAGUUGGAAAGAAUGGAUAUGCAACCUUAAUACUCCCAACAUCGUUGUUAUCCUAUACUAAAUCUGGCCUACCAGGUAGGUAUACAAAACUUCAAAUCUAGGAAUAUUUUAUCAACGUAUAAACUAUUAUGCUUCAUGCUUCAUUUAUGACUCUAUGUAAUAAGAUAUGUAAGCUCUACCCCUGUCAAAGUCGCUAACAUGAUGACAGUUUGGACGUCUUCGACCUAGAGGCCUUUUGUUAUGUUUAACACUAGUAAAUGAAAGGGCAAUAAUAAAUAUCUGUACUGCUCGGCUCUCAGAAACUGCUUUCUUCACAAAAACUAAGCGACAACAUUUUAACAAAGGUAAACAAAAAUAAAGAUGAAACGUUGACAUUGUUGCUACAACAUGCUUUAUAUGUAUAUGUAUAUGGUAUAUCAUAAGCUACUAAAUGGUUGUUAAAAGUUAACAAGCAUUGGAUCCAUGAACAGGGUUUCUCGAUAGUUUCGCAUAGCUAUUUAAAUAUAUAAAAAUGUAAGAUAUGUAAUAUUAUAAUCUAUAAUUAUCUUGAGGGUACAUCAAAAUAUGAAGUGUGAUAUGUAGAUUUGGAAUAAUAGACAUCAUAGUUACAGGAAUAGGUCUGAAAGCAGAAAAGGUGAUGUUGUUUGUGAUGUUAACAAUUGUUUAAUCAUAUCACAAAGGAAGCUAUCAAAGUUACUUAGUCCUGCUUGAGUAGAAACUCGUCUGUUUUAAUACUUUCCUCUACUUGUUUUAGUAAAAUAUAGUUUUUGUUAAUUCCUAUCGAAGCAUUGAGUUGUAUGUCGUCAUUUAUAAAAGUUUGAACUCGAUAUUCACAUAUAGGGAAAAAUUAACUUCGUAAUUAUGUCAUGACCACAAGGUUCAUAAUCAAACGUAUGUACAUAUAAAUAAAUACUCUAUUGACGUUUCCGCUGGCUAUCCGGCUAAAGUUAAAUAAUGAAUAAACCGAGAUAAUAUUAAAUCUUAAUAUUGUAUAUGGUAGAAAGUAUCCAGUAAGUCCAGGUUUGUAAAAUAUGUUGCCUUUUUGGAGUAUACUCAACUAGUACAGACUACUGUGUGUAAGAAACUGGAAAGACAAUCAUCGUUCGACUUCAUGUAUGUCGCUAUUUUUUUAUCUACAUCUAAUAGAUACUACAUUACUUGUUUAAUAUAGAAACAAAUUUAUUUUGAUCCUUUGCAAUUUAUUGUGUGAUAUAAUCUAGCUCUAAACUGGUCAAAACAUUCAGUCGUUGCCUUUCUAAGCAUCAGGGUUACACACGGCAAGCCACUUCUUCUUAAUAUAGUUGCAAGUGAACAUCAGGAAGUGCACAACAAACAGAAACGGCGAUGAUGCCAUGUACAGAGCUUGCUCUCAAUGUGUUCUAGAACAAAGAAUGCGGCAACCUUAUUACUUAACCGUAAAAUAACAGGGAUAGCGACCUACUUGCUUCAUGUUCACUUGCAGUGGUGGUGUGUGUGUUGCCUAAACAUCAAGAUGCUUGAGCUAUACUCUGUCGCUCUGAUAUAAUGUUAGCAUCUGCUUCAGAGAUGGCACUAGCGAAGACCAUUCAUAGCUUCUCACGACUAAGCUGUAAGUUCUAUAAUAUAGGUCGUUGUGUCAUUCUUCCAGACGUGGCGUUAACAGCGAGUAGGCGCGAUGUGAGACAGCGACUAUCCCUAGUACACAAGUUAUCAUACGAGGGUGGUCCGAUAUGUAUUUAGCCGACAAAAGAAAAACUAAGAUUUUGGAAAAGUGCCGAUCUAUUUCCCAACAUAGUCUUCUCUAAGCUCGAUACACUUGACCCAGUGAUACUCCCACCUCUUUAAGCCAUAUGAAAAAUACGUUUUCUGGAGGUCUACAAAGUAGGCGACGACAACCUCCUCAUUCGACUCAAACUUCUGCCAGGCGGGUGACUUUUCGAAGUUUGGAAACACAAAGAUGUCCCACGGAACCAAAUCUGGAGAAUAUGCUGGAUGAUUCGUAGCCUAACUCGACCAAUUUGGCUGUGGAGGUGUGAUCCGGUGCGUUGUCAUGGUGGAAGAGCAAUAAUUCGGCAUAGGAGGGCCACGUGUCCGUUUUCCUUUCUACAGGUAGACGAUAUAAAUCACACCUUGUGAAUCCUAGAAAACGGUGGUCACUACCUUUUUGGCCGACAGAACAGCUUUCGCCUUCUUCGGUGCACGUUUGCCCGGUAAAGACCACUGCUUCGACUGUUCCUUGAUGUCUGGUGUGAACCAGUGGAUCCUUGUCUCGUCGACAGUUACGAAACAAAACAGAAAGUGGUUUGGGUUGCGCGUAAACAAUGCCCUGAAGUGGUCUCAUCGUUGCGCUUCUUGUCAGGAGUGAGCAAGCGCUGCACCCAUCGGGCAGACAGCUUUCUCGUGCCCAAUAUUUCAUGCAGGAUAUGACCCACGCGAUCUUUUGAUAUGCCUACUGUCUUAGCUAUCUCGCGCAUCUUCAAUCGGUCGUCUGCUAAUACGAGAUUGUGGGUUUUUGUCAGGUUAUCCUCCGUGUAGCCGUAGCUGGGCGUAGCCCAUCAAAAACCGACGUGUGACCAAAUUGAAACUUGUUAGACCAAUUUUUGACAGUUGCCACCUAAGGAGAAGAGACAUCGUACGCAGCAUCCAAACGCUCUUUAAUUUCGCUGCGCGAUUUCCCUUCCAAAAUCGAGAAUCGGAUCACCGAUAUUGCGGUCAAAGCAAAACUUCGAAAUGUACUACACGACAGUAAAUUUCUUUUGGGAUAAUGGCACCAUCGGGCGUUGAGGCUAAGUACUUAUCGGACCGCCCUCGUAGUUAUAAUCUAUACCACGACUGCCCAGUGUUGCCAGGUACAGAAGAUCUAUUUUCGGUAGAAUUUUGACAAAUUUUCCAGUAGAUUGUGAUUUCUUUCAGUAGAUGGAGUACCAAACAGAGGCGUAGGUGGAAGGACCUAUUGACUGAAUUAAAAUGUAUCAAAACAAGAAUCCAAUAGGGAAAUCAACACAAACCCUUCUCUGACCUAAUCAAAAAACGUUUUCUAGCAAAAACAUCCAUAACACGUGAGUGAACAAAUCUUCUUACUGUCACAAACUUUGUCUAUUAUGCUGAAAUUUAGAAAUCGGCAACCACUUUUUAGUUUAACAAGAUUGUGACACCCUUUACAGCACGAUAAUGUUUACAUGUGACUAUUCCCCUCGUCUUAACUUGAACCAAUAAGAAAUGGGCAAUUUUGAAUUACAAAUGGUUUCUAGAUGGAAAAAUUGUAUGACAGCACCUGUCAGCAGUUUUUUUGAGUUCACCCGCGGCAAAACUUGACAGCUGUUGUCACCAAAAAUUAUAAUACAUUUGAUAACAAGUAAUUAUGAUCUCCUAAGUCACUAGAAAAGACGCUAAACACUUUUUCUGAUUUUAUUGUCAAUAAAUUUUGUAAACUACCUGAAUGCAGAAUAAUCUGUAACUCAUGAAACAGUCUUAUCAGACACCAUUCAGACAUCUAAUUGUUUUCUGGGAAAACAAUCGAAAAAACACAAUGCAAAAUAAUAUUUUUUUUAACAAGAUAUUGCUUAGCAACCUGUUUUCUUUAUUUUUUUCAGAAACAUUAGAUGCCCUUAUGAUAUUACUUAUAGUCAAAAUCACGAAAGAUGACUAUUACGUCAUGCCAUAAAUUGUACUGAAGUAAUCAGUGGACUUAGGUCGAUGAUAAAAUCACGAUGUCAGGAACAUAAUGACAACAAACAUAUAUUAUGAUUUUGGCGGAGUUAGGUUAUUACACAGAUUAUUUUUAUUUUCGUUUUAUUUUAUGGUUUUGAGUGAUACUUUAACAAUAAUUUUAGAGGGGAAUUUUGAAAAAAAAACUACAGUUAUGAGUAGAAUACAUGCGCAUACGUGCAAUUUAGCAAUACAGUUUGUUUAGACCAUACAAUUAUGUUUGUCUCUGUCUAACAUAUCUGAAACUUCAUUAAAAAUAUUCACAAAUCGCUGUCGUUUGUCUUUACUACAGACUAAAAUGAUCAUCGUCGUCUUUGGUGAUUUCGACUAUAUUUAAAUACCCUCCAACAGUACAAUAGCAUUUUAGUGAUUUCACAACAGAAAUAAAGGGAUCAAUCACUUCUGGAAUAGAGAAAAGGGUAGUUCAAGAUUUAGUUUUUUAUUAAGGUAAAACAGGAUUAAAAUCGGUACAUCUACCGAAAAAAUCGGUAACCUGGUAACACUGUGGGUAGCUUAUAUCCAUUGGGGCUUUCGGUAAAACUUUCGAGUGUUGACGGUUGAUAAUAUUGGGUCAAAGUAUUUAUUGGUUGUGUUGAAAAAGUAUAGCUGUGCAAUAAUUUUUUGUAGCAUGUAGCAAUGACUAACUAUAAUGCCAUUUGUGCUGCCAAUGCGAAGUCAUUCCUUCAUUUAACUCAAUGUAUCAGUCUCCUGUUUCUCAAAUGUCAUAACUCUCUAGGCAAAUGACACAUCAUCAAAUAAGCAAACCUUGAAGGUAUGACUAUCGAUCUAGGCCUGACUUCCAUUCCAUUCAUCGGUGUUCACUUAGCGUUAUUUACUAUAUCAAAAUGUGAUCAGUGUGGCAUACUCGAUGAAAAUGUUAUUUAUUUUAACGCUAGAUAUAGGUAGAGAACUGUUGAGUGUAAAUUAUUAUUGUAUGUUAAGAGAUUACAGAAGUAUAUGUGCUGUUAAAAUUAAAACUCAUGUUGUUCAUUUAUAUCUAUAUUCGUUUUAGAUACAAUUAUUCGUGCUAUGUAAUACAAAAUAUACAUAAAUAAGCAAUAAUAAUUUAACAAGGUUUUGAAUAUGACCAAAUUUCUGAAAUCAAUAAAUUAAUGGCAUGUCCAAUGUAAGGAUACGAUUUAAAUAAGGUGAGUUGUUUCUGUCACGUAUUUUCAAAAAUGCACAAAUCCAACAUUAUCCGUCUAUUUUUACACACUCUUAGCAUACAGUGUAUGUUAAGAGAUUACAGAAGUAUAUGAGCUAUUAACAUUAAAACUCAUGUUGGUCAUUUAUAUCUAUAUUCGUUUUAGAUAGAAUUAUUCGUGCUAUGUAACACAAAAUAUACAUAAAUAAGCAACAAUAAUUUAACAAGGUUUUGAC